AUAGCGACAGACAUCCAAGCUUUUUCUGUGGUGGAAGGUGUGGGGUUUAGAAGGCUGCUGGCUGCUGCAGAGCCUAGGUACACUCUGAAGACAGAAAAGUUUUAUCGCACAGAAAAAUUGCAUCAUGUGCAUGCAAGUGGUGAUCAAGAUAAAGGAGCUUUUGGCUGUUGAAAAUGCAAAGCAUAUUGCAUUUACAACAGAUUGUUGGUCAGGGUCCACUGAGUCCCUAAUGAGCUUGACUGCUCACUUCAUCGAUGAAGAAUGGAACAGGGUGCAAGUUGUCCUAAAUGUGAAAGCCAUGAGUGGAUCUCACACUGGCGAGUACAUUGGACAGUUGUUUUUAGACAUGCUUACUGAGUGGGAUAUAGACAGUGAACGUGUGCUGCUGGUGCUCAGGGACAAUGGAGCCAAUGUUGUUAAGGGGAUGAGGUUGGUGGAUAUGCCUGACCUGAGCUGCAGUGCUCACACCCUCCAGCUUGUUGUGAAUGAUGGUCUCCAGGCACAGAGAGCUGUAGGUGACAUCCUGGCCAAACUGAAGAGGUGUGCAACCCAUUUUGGUCAUUCAGUCCCUGCCAAGCAGAGGCUUGAACAAAUUCAGAAGGAUGUUGGUCUACCUGAACACCGCAUUCUCCAGGCAUGCCCGACCAGAUGGAACUCUACAUUGCAUAUGCUCCAAAGGAUGCAGGAGCAAAAGAGAGCACUGACAGUCUACUCUGGGGACUUUGGACAUUUUACAUGUCCAAGUGUGGAGGAGUGGGACCUGGUCGAAAAGCUGGUCAACACACUGGAACCAAUUGAGGAAAUUACUCUAGAAGUGAGUAAGUCUGAUGCAUCUGCAUCAUGCAUCAUCCCCACCAUUGAGGUUUUGAAAAGAUUUCUGGAGACUCAGGGUCCUGAAACUAGAGGAAUUCAGACUUUGAGGAAGGUCAUGCUCGACAGCCUAACCAGAAGGUUUUCCAAGAUUGCAGAGUCCAAAGAAGCAGUGCUGGCCUGUGUGCUGGAUCCUCGUUACAAAAAGCGUCCCCUCUCUGACAGCACAACCAAGAAGGCCAAAACCUGUCUUGAAGAAGAGGCAGACAAACAACAUCAAGCAAGCUCAGCAGCCACUCAUAAGGAUGCCGAGGGAUAUUCAAAGAAACCUAGGAUGGAGAAGUCCCUAGACCAGAAGCAGAGUGUACUUGACCAUCUCUACGAGGACAUGUUGCAGAGCCAGCAAACAGUGACAGGGGUGUCUGAGAGUCUGAACGAGGAGCUGGAUCGGUAUCUUCAAGAGCCCGUUCUUGAUCGCAAAACAGGUUUCACUAUUUAUUUUUCAGUGAUAUAAAAUUAAGUUAUGCUUUUGUAUAUUAAGUAUAUAACAUUUGUAUUUGUCAUCAUCAUCAUCAUCAGGUGACCCCCUGCAGUGGUGGAGGCAAAACGCUGGCCGCUUCCAGACUCUGGCUCCAUUGGCCAGGAGGUUUCUCACUCCUCCACCUUCAUCUGUCCCUAGUGAGAAGGUAUUCAGCACUGUG